CUCCCCCCACCAUUUAUAUUCACAAAACUUCCCCAUAAUUAACCCUAAUUUGAUCUAAUAAGAUCUACAUCAAUUAAACCUAGAAUUCACAAUCACAGAAUCAUCACUGAAGAACAAUCCUUCUCCGAUAAGCAAUCAUCUCGGAUUCGAAUAAUCAUCAAAUCAGAUCACGUUCACUCGUCAAAUUGAGGAAACAAAUACCGUAACUGAAAUGAGCGAUAACAAUGAUCGACAUGGAGAUGAUGAUAGCGAAGGUACGGAAGAAUGUGAUCGUCAAGUCAACGAAGCUGAUGCACUCGAUGCUUCUUCUUCUUCACAUCAUACAGAGAAUGUUGAAAAUCAGCAUGCAAAAGUUGAUACAGGCAAGAAGGUGACCUGGGGACAAUCUAAAUCGUUAAACGUACAACUAUCAUACGACGCUGGGUUUCCAGCCGUUAUGCGUGUCUCAAAUGGUCGUAAGAAGAAAGUUCCCGAUAUUAAAAGCUUCUCACAUGAACUCAAUUCCAAAGGCGUGCGGCCUCUGCCGAUCUGGAAACCUCAUGCACAUGGGCAUGUGGAGGAGAUCAUGGAAAUGCUAAGAGGGAAGUUCGAAAAGCUGAAGGAAGAAGUUAACCUUGAUUUGGGUAUCUUUGCGGGUGAUUUACUGGGGAUUUUCGAAGAAACGUCAGAAUCUCAUCCCGAAUGGAAAGAGAUGCUGGAAGACCUGUUGAUUAUGGCGAGUAAGUGUGCGAAAAUGACAUCCGACGAAUUCUGGUUGAAGUGCGAAAGCAUUGUUCAAACGCUAGAUGAUCACCGCCAAGAUCUACCUAUGGGUAUACCCAAACAAGUCCAUACGCGUCUCUUGUUCAUACUCACACGAUGCACUAGACUCGUGCAGUUUCACAACGAGUGUGGUCACGAAGAUAGCCACCAUAUAUUAGGUCUUCAUCAGCUUAGUGAUCUUGGUGCGUAUACCGAAAGCGUUAAAGAGUUUAGAUACACUGAAGUUACCGAGGAAAAACCGACCAAUGAACAUGAACGGGAUCAUGAAACCGCAAAAGGCGUUGUUGCUUCAUCUGGUAAAGUAAUAUCUUCUUGGAAGAAGCUUCCGUCUCCGUUAGAACGGAAUUUUAAAGACAAUAAUGCCCUUGAGGAAUCAAAGGAGUUACCUGAUCAUCCGAAACUUAAAAACGAGCAUCAUCAACUUCACGCAGCGUACGAGAGUUUAUUAAUAUGCCGCAUAUGUGAAGUUGAGAUACCAACAGUACACAUGGAGCAGCAUUCUCGAAUAUGCGCUCUUGCUGAUAGAUGUGAUUUAAAAGGACUGAAUGUUAAUGAAAGACUCGAAAGAGUUGUGCAAACACUCGAGAGUAUCAUUGAUUCGUGGACGCCAAAAGGUGCUGAUGUGGCAGAAGAUUUCUACCCGUCAUCACCUAUGAGCCACCGUAUUUCUUGUCAUUUCUCGGGGGAUGUACUAGAAAAUGUUCAUGAUACAGAAGACUUACACAGUUCGCAUAACAUGACUUGCAGCACACGCGCGACUAUGUUACCUGUUGUGGGUCCCACAGCCUUGUCGACUGGAUGUUUGACUCCUCGAACGCCUCUAAAAACACCAAGAACGAACCAGAUUGAAAUGUUUAUGAGCGGACGGAAAAUGAUAUCCGAACAUGAAGAUUGUCAGCAGAUACACAAGCUACUGGAAAUUGCGCGAUCGCUAGCCCGGAUAAACACUAACGACUACAGUGCACUAGAUUUCAUGCUUGAUUGUUUAAAAGACCUCAAAUACGCUAUCGAAGACAGAAAGGUGGAUGCCCUUGUUAUCGAAACAUUCGGGAAACGUAUUGAGAAACUAUUACAGGAGAAAUAUGUAAAUCUUUGUGGGCAGAUAGAGGAUGAAAAAACAGCAUUAUCAAGUAACAUGGCGUAUGAAGAUAGUUCAGUCGGACCCGAUACAGCUCGUAGUCUGCAUGCUAGUCCUGCAAGUUCGUAUUCUACAUAUCGAACGUCUAUUGAAGAUUUUGAAAUAAUAAAACCGAUUAGUAGAGGUGCGUUUGGGCGAGUGUUUUUGGCUAGAAAACGAGCAACAGGUGAUGUAUUUGCAAUAAAGGUUUUAAAGAAGGCUGAUAUGAUUCGUAAAAAUGCAGUUCAAAGCAUCUUGGCGGAACGCGAUAUUCUGAUAUCAGCUCGUAAUCCUUUUGUGGUUCGAUUUUUCUACUCCUUUACAUGUAGAGAAAAUCUAUAUCUGGUGAUGGAGUAUUUGAACGGUGGAGAUCUUUUCUCUUUGCUGAAAAAUUUAGGUUGUUUAGAAGAAAACAUGGCGCGUGUUUAUAUUGCAGAACUUGUUCUUGCAUUGGAGUAUUUGCAUUCUUUGAAUGUGAUUCAUAGAGAUCUAAAGCCAGACAAUCUGUUAAUUGGUCCAUAUGGCCACAUAAAGCUGACAGAUUUCGGGCUAUCCAAGGUUGGUCUCAUAAACAGCACGGAGGAUUUGUCUAGUUCCGCAACCGUCAGGACCGCUAUUUUUCAGGAUAAUGAAGUCAAAACCGAGUCAACAUCAACGAUGAAUAAAGAAGAGCGCCAAAAGCUUUCGGUUGUUGGCACUCCUGAUUAUUUGGCACCCGAAAUACUUCUCGGCAUGGGACAUGGUGCAACAGCUGAUUGGUGGUCUGUUGGUGUUAUUCUUUUUGAGCUACUUGUAGGGAUACCGCCAUUUAACGCAGAAUCUCCACAGCAAAUAUUCACCAACAUUCUGAAUAAGGACAUACCAUGGCCUCAGAUUCCAGACGAUAUGAGCGAGGAAGCAUACGAUCUAAUAGAUAAGUUGCUGGCAGAUAAUCCACUUCAACGCCUAGGUGCAACCGGGGCGGGGGAGGUGAAGAAGCACCAUUUCUUCAAGAAUAUUAAUUGGGAUACACUAGCAAGGCAGAAGGCAACAUUUAUACCCGCUGCCGAAGCACUUGAUACUAGUUAUUUCAUGAGUCGCUAUAUCUGGAAUCCCGAAGACGAACAUAUUGAUGGAGGUAGCGACUUUGAUGACAUGUCAGGAUCGGACUACACUUCUUGUGGCGGCAGUUUUAACAGUAACAUGUCAGAUGAAGAGGAUGAUGAAUGCAAUAACCUGGCAGACUUUGAUGCCCCGCCUCUUAAUGCUAAUUAUUCAUUCAGCAAUUUUUCAUUUAAGAAUUUGUCCCAGUUGGCUUCCAUCAAUUAUGAUAUGCUUAUAAAGAGUACUCAAGAUGAAUCCGUAGAAGACACAAAACCAGACACACCAUGACAACCAUUUUUUGACAAAUUAAUGUCGUGUUGUAAAUAUAUGUUGAUGAUUUUGUUCUUUAAAGUUAUUAACUGCUUUAUUCUAGAUAUCCUAUAUAAACAUUAAUUUAUUUUUGUUACACA